GAGUGCUCAGUCGUUUCUGAACCGUGUGUGCGGGAGGUUGUGUCGCUCUCCUCUCUUCGCGCCUAGCCACCGCGUUCACCUCCCCGUCUAUCUUACCUAUUUCCACCGCCCCUACCACUCGUCCAUCCCUCCACCCACGGUCAUAACUCCCCUGUGGUGGUGUGGAAAAGUCAAGCACGCGUGUGGAAAAGGACCUGCUUGUGUUGUUUUUUUUUUUUUUCCUCCCCGUUCUCAUCCCUUUUGCCUUUCCUUCGGUUCCCACCCUCGUGUGUUCCUUCCUUCCCUCCCAUCCGUCCUUCUUUCCCUCGUGUGUCCGCGUGUCCUUCCCGAAACUCGACGCGACUGAUCGAACGACAGAACGACCUCAUUACGUCGCCACCUGUCCUUAAUUACCUCCGUCAGGCGGUGAUGGUGACAACACAAGCAGGCGGCUACAGGUGGUGACGGAGGCGCAGUAGGCGGGUUCCACGCACACCCACGCCCUCCCUCACCCCACACCCGCCACGCCCAUCCUCUCCGCUGAUCCCCACGCCCCUCUGUGCCACGCCCCCACCCUCCACGACUACCGUACGCCCGCGACCACCCCACAACAGCCCACGGUAAUGACCAUGGCAAGUUCCAGCGGCAGUGGCCCAGGGGAAACGGGCGGUGGGCAAGCGGGCGGCGACUCCCCAGCUUCCACGCCGCCCGCCGCCCUUGCCCCGGAGCCCCUGCACCCGCCCACAGCCGCCACCGCCGCCGCUGCCGCCACAGGGCCGCCAGUGAGUCCCCUCGAUGACCGAGUGAGGGUGACCGACAAGUACCAAGAGAUUCGGAUCAUUGGCAACGGGGCGUACGGGACUGUCUACUUCGCCAAGGACAGGGGCAACCAGGAGCGCGUGGUGGCCCUGAAGAAGAUCCGCAUCACCCUGACGGAGGACGGCGUGCCGGUCAGCGCCGUCAGGGAAAUCUCUCUCCUGAAGCAGCUGGAGAGAUUCGAACACCCCAACAUCGUCAGGUGAGUGUCUGCGUGUGUCACCUGAGAACUGCCGCAGGUGACAAGGUAAUGACUGUCCCUGCAUUCCUGCCGCACCAUCUGCUAUACGUGGGUACCUAACCUAUCCCCUUGUACCUUGUCCCUUGUAUGAGCGUGUUUGUGUGUGCUGUGAGGGACGGGCAGGGCAGGGAAGAGUGAGAUAGGGAAGGUAAAGAAAGGGUGAAGGGUUGGAGGAAUGCAGGUAAGAUAAGGUUUAGUAAUUUAAGAGAUGCUAUUGAAAAGGUGAACAGAAGAGAUAGGAGGAAUGGAAAGUAGCAAUUGAAAAGGGAAACAGUAAAAAAAAAAAUAUGGUGAUAGUAUUGAAAGAGUUGCAAAGGGGAAGGGAUGAUGGAAGUAACGGUUGAAAAGGGGAUGAAUAAGGGGAAAGAUGAUAAAAGGGUAGAUUAGGUAGGGAAGGUAAUGUAGGGAACAUGAUAGAAAAGGGGGAAAGAGUAAAAGGAACAAUGGAAAGAAAGAUUGAAAUGAAGGAAUGAUUGAAUAGAAAGAAAAGAAGAUAAAAGAAAGCUUAUCGGAACCAGUAAUGCAUAAAAAGAAAGGAAAAUAACAAGAGAAAGAGGACUGAACGAAUGCAUAAAACAGUAAUACAGAAAAAAAGAGAGAGUGGGGAAAAGGAUUGGAUACAUCAAUGAAAAGAGAAGAGAUGGCAAUGUUAAGAGAAGUAAUAAAAAAGAAAACGAUAACUAGUACAUGCUAUAAAAGAGAAAAGGAGAAGCAUGAAAUAGAAUGGGAAUGAAGGAAGCAAGGAAAGAGAAAGUAAGCAAAUAGAAAGAAAACGAAAGGAAUUAACGAAUGAAAGGGUGAACCAAGGAAGAAUAUAAGUAACACAGAAAAAGGGAGAAUGACAGAGAAUUGCUAUGUAAGGAUAGGGAGAAGGAAAUGAUGGUAUAAAAGACAGGGAAGAAGAGAGGAGGCGAGCAUAUGGAAGAGUAUAGAGGAGGACGAGGAUGAGGAGGAAGGGUACACGUAUUCCUCUCACAUGUUUUCUCCUCUUAUCUUCUUGUCCUCUUCCUCCUCUGGCUCUUGUAAGGUGCGUAUCAGAGAGAGAGAGAGAGAGAGAGAGAGAGAGAGAGAGAGAGAGAGAGAGAGAGAGAGAGAGAGAGAGAUUUGCUCAUAUUUCUGUCUGCGUUCAGGAACUACGCCCAGUGAUAGUCUGCCUGUGUGUGUGUGUGUGUGUGUGUGUGUGUGUGUGUGUGUGUGUGUGUGUGUGUGUGUGUGUUCAUCCCUCCUCGUAAGCAGUCACAAAAUGCCCAAAUGUCCCCAGAAUCCGUCUUAAGAAGGAUGUCCCCCCAGCAGUGACUCCUCUUUCCCUGCUUCGUCUUCUUUUCACGCUCCCAUAGAAGAGGACUGCAAUUUGACAGGAUUGAAGGAAGGGCGGAUAAAAGAAGAAGUUUUGUGGUGUUUUUUUCUUUAUAUAUAUAUCCGUGGCUGUGGAGCUUUAUUUAUUUAUUUUUUUUUAUCGUUUUUAUUUGUCCAUGUGUGUUUGAAAAGGGAUUUGUAGAAAAGGUUUUAGAAAGAUUCAUAGGUUAGGUAUUAGUUUGAGAGUACACACACACACACACACACACACACACACACACACACACACACACACACACACACACACACACACACACACACACACACACACACACACACACACACACACACACACACACACACACACACACACACACACA